UUAAGGAAAAUACAAAAAGGUCUUUCUCCCUUCCCUCCCUUUCUAGAACACUGUUUGACUGAUCGUCCUUGUAUGUGCGAGAAUAGUCGAUUCAUAGCAGAAGCCAUGUCGAUUUCUGUCCAUCUUAUUGUUCUUUCUCUUCUUCUGGUGAUCGGAAGCUAUGAUGAUGAUGUACAGUUCUUCGUAUACGGCGUGGUUGAUGAAUAUCGAAGAGAUGAUUUUCCGGCUGAAUUCGUUUUUGGUUCCGGCACUUCCGCUUAUCAGGUUGAAGGAGCAGUGCUGGAAGAUGGUAGGAGUUUCAGCAUUUGGGACACCUUCGCUCAUUCAGGCUACUACAAUGGAGCAAAUGGAGACGUAGCAUGUGAUGGGUACCAUAAAUACAAGGAAGACAUUCAACUUAUGGUAGACACAGGUUUGGAAGCAUAUAGAUUUUCCAUCUCUUGGUCCAGACUCAUCCCAACAGAUGGAAGAGGAUCCGUGAAUGCAAAGGGCUUACAGUUCUACAACGAUUUCAUCAACAGGCUCAUCGCCCAUGGAAUACAGCCACAUGUCACAUUACAUCAUACGGAUCUACCACAGAUACUUGAAGACGAAUAUGGAGGAUGGCUUAGUAGAAAAUCAGUGAAAGACUUUGUGGCAUAUGCUGAUGUUUGCUUCAGAGAAUUUGGUGAUAGGGUUUUGCACUGGACUAGUUUUAAUGAAGCCAAUGUGUUUGCUUUAGGUGGUUAUGAUAUGGGGUUUUCACCUCCUGGACGUUGUUCUUCCCCAUUUGGGUUUUUCAUUAAUUGCAGCAGAGGUGACUCCACCUCUGAGCCAUACCUUGCAGCUCACCAUUUGCUUCUUGCACAUGCAUCAGCUGUCAGACUAUACCGGGAAAAAUACAAGGCCAUACAGCAUGGUUUUGUUGGAAUAAAUGUGUUGUCGUAUUGGUUUGAACCUUAUACAAACACAACGGAAGAUGUGGAAGCUACACAAAGAGCUAAUGACUUCUAUUUGGGCUGGUUUUUGAAUCCUUUGGUGAAUGGGGACUACCCAGAAAUAGUGAAGAAGAAUGCAGGCAACCGAAUUCCAACUUUUACCAAACUUGAAUCAGAGAGAAUCAAGGGUUCGUUUGAUUUCUUUGGCAUAAACCAUUAUAACAAUUUCUAUGUGAAGGACAACCCUAGCAGUCUUGAAACCAACAUCAGGGAUGUUAACGGAGACAUGGCAGCAACCCUUAUAUUUUCAGACGGUGUAAGUGAACCCCUGCCAACUCAGUUCCCGGUGACUCCAUCAGGUCUCCAGAACCUCCUUAACUAUCUCAAGGAAGAAUAUGGAAAUCCUCCAAUCUACAUCCAUGAAAAUGGCCAAGUACAAGCACGUAAUGGGACAUUGAUGGACACUGCAAGGGUAGAAUACUUGCAUGCAUAUAUUGGUGCUUUGUUGGAUGCAGUAAGGAAUGGAUCAAACACAAGGGGAUAUUUUGCUUGGUCCUUGUUGGAUCUGUUUGAGUUGUUGGGUGGGUAUGACAUUGGAUAUGGUCUGUAUUAUGUUGACCUUGAUGACAAGGAGUUGACACGAUAUCCCAAGCUCUCUGCACAUUGGAUUUUUCUAUCAUCUUGUUUGUAAAAUUUCAUCAUACUCCAUUCAGUAGUUGGUUUGUUUGUUGUAGAAUAUUAUGAUUUUAUUCAGUAUACAAGUUUUGGUUCAGGUUAUGUAUUAUUGUUAUAUAUUUCAUGUUUGCUAAUAAAGUUAAGAUAAUUGUUUGAUUUUUGGUCGUUUUGCUUAUAUUUCAUAUAAUUGGGCUUUUGUAAUAUGUAUUAAAAGAAAAAUAGGUUGGAGAUGUCUCCUAGAGUUAUAAAAUCUGGGUUUUUAACAAAUUGUAAGUCUGUUUAUAGAUUUGGCCUUUGUGGUUUGUUUUUUAUAUGAGUGUUCACAGUGGGUUUGCAUUUUCAAAGCUUAUAAAUACUAUGGUUUAAAGGAUUUCAUGACUUCAAGUCAUGGUUAUCCAAAAAUAGUCCGAAAAAAAAAUCCAUUACAAAAGAAGCUAUAUUAACCAGUUCAAGAUUACAAGAUCAAAACAUAAGCUUUACAUUUUCCAUCUAUCUACUUCCAAAAAGCACUUCAGACAUAAGUCUUUAUAGCUUUUUUUUU